CAUUGACAGUUUGACAAUCAUAAUUUUCAUAAUAUUGUAGGUUAGAUUUUGGAGUUUGUUCGGUUGAAAUUGAAAGUUUUAAUUUAAAAGAGAAAAAUAGACACGGUUAAGUACCCUUUGCUAUGGAGCGGUUAGGUACUACAAUUUUAAAUACACUAUGGAGACCAAGUUUGAAUAUAGUAAGAACAAGAUAUCAUGCUGAUAAAACUAGGCUUGUACGAAGAUAUGGGUAUGAGGAAAAACUUUGGUGUGGGGGUUUAUUACCAAGGAAUCCGGGAAGACAGUUACCUAUUCCAGAAUACAGGCCUGCAAAUGCGUGGACUGAACGCAGAGCAUUAUAUGGUCAGAAUGAUUAUAUAGAUAUAUUGGGUCCUGGGAAUCUUCACCCAGUCAAAACACUGUACACUGUCCCUUCAUGGAUUAGAGGAGUCAGUGGCCAUGAAUAUCAUAUAUUGUUAAGGAAGAAAAAAAUGUUUGCUAAAACAGCUUCACCAAUGGUUAGACCUACCAAGUGGAAGGAGUUAGAAAAACGGCUAUCUUAUUUGUAUAAAAAACUCAACAGGAAGACAAAAACUGGUCAAUCGCCGGACUAGAAACUUAAAUAGAAAUAAGCAUUUAUGGAAAAUAUGUAGUUUGUUAAUAAAUAAAAAAUAUAAUUAAGAUUU